GGAGGAAGAGGAGGAGGAGGAGGAGCGGCGCUGCCGCCGCUGCUGCCAUGGCGGCCCUGGAGCGGCCCGUGCCCAGUCCCGAGGCUUUCCUGGGGCAGCCCUGGGCCGCCUGGGUGCGGGAAGCCGCCCCCCCGCACAGUGUUGACCUAGAAGACUCUGGGAAAGAGGGCGGCAGCAGUGGCCGAGAGGUGAUGAGGCUUAAUAAAGAAGAACGAAGACACGGUUCAAUGUGUAAACCUUCCUCAUCUCCAGCAUCUCCAGGACCCUGCAAUUCCAGGGCAUGCCUCAUACAGAUGAAGCCGAAAUCCUGCAUCAGUGGCCAUAACUCCGUAAACAACAACGCAAAGCCAUUCAAAACGCCCAAAGACAAUCUCAUUACCUCCAGUAGCAAGCAGCAUAUGGUCUUUUCUUCAAAAGUCUCAAGAGACAAACCUUGCAUUGGCUGGUCCUCACUUGGAGUCUGGUGUUCUGUACUAGGUGCCAGAACGCAUGAACGCGGUCAGCCAAGAGGAAAAGAGGAGACUGUGAGGAGGGUGACAGAAGUUCCAGCGGGCAAGUCAUAUAAGGAGAGGCUGAAGGAGCUGGAGAUCCUCCUCUUCAAACAGCAUAAACAGCAGCACCUCUUCAAAUCACAGCGGAAACGUACCAGAAUUGCCUCUCCCAGUCCUGGGAGGAGACUUACUCUGCCGAUUAUCCAGCGAUGAGGGAGAAGGAGAAGGAACUGAAGAAGUAGAAAAACUAGACUGCUCCUAUUCGGGCCACCAUCCGCGGCCACUUGGGGAAGAUCCCUCCUGCCGUGGAUAGCCCCAUGCCGUCUCCAGCGGCCCAUAUCAGCAGCCCCUUCCCGUCCUCCGUCCUCCAACCUUUCAGCAACCCCACCUCGUCGUACAUUCCAUCCGCACCCGUCAGCUCAAGAAUCCCUCCUUCUUACGUCAUGACUUCCGCCAUGUUAUCCAACGCCGCGUUGGCAACGCCAACGGACACCAACUCCAUCACGUCCCACGCCACCGCCUUCCCGCACGUGGCGGCCAGCCUGAGCAUCGUCGACUCCACUUUCAAGAUGCCGUCCGCCCUGUCGCCUCUGCCGGCCGUCAUCCCUUCCCCGUCUCACAAGCCAUCCAAAACGAAAACCAGCAAAUCCUCCAAAGUCAGAGACCUGUUGUGUCGCGGCGACGAGCCCUCUAGUAACAAAAAGAGGAAGCUGCCGUCGUCUUCCUCCUCCUCUUCCUCCUCCUCCUCCUCUUCUUCUUCCUCGUUAUCGUUGCAGACUUCCUCCCCGGCCUCGUUUUCAGGGGCGCACAGGAAGAACUGCGUCUUGAACUCCAGUUCCACCCUCAACUCUUACCAGGCGACAGCUUCCUACAACAGCCUCUCCGUGCACAACGCAAACAACGGAACAAGCCCCUUCAGUGCCAAAUCAGAGCCCUCAGGACGGACUUCGCUCUCCGGUAGCACGGCGGACUCGGUCAAACAUAUGAGCAUCGUCGUGAGCAGUAUUGACUCUUCCAGUUUGUCUGUCCCUUCCCUGGUGCACCCUCUGGCGGACCACUCCCUCGCCCCGCACAACGCGGUCUCCUCUCUGCCCCUUUGUUUUGACAAAUCGGAAGGGAAAAAACGCAAGAACUCAAGCGCUAGCAGCAAAGCCUGUAAAAUCACUAAAAUGCCUGGAAUGAAUAGUGUUCAUAAAAAGAGCACGGCCAAUCUCAUUUCUCCGGUGCCGGAUACGCCAAACAACGCCAUCUCUCGGCCGAUUGGGAAAAACAGUGGUGUAGCUUUGUCUCAAUCCAGCCCUUCAAGUACAUCAAAUCUAAUGCACAACAAACAAAAAACAUUAAACCGGCCUGGUAGGAUAAGGACACUUCCAUGAAUAAGGAGAACAACCAUCUCUAUAUUUUUGCAGCCCUUCUCCAAGCCAGCUUCAUUGGUUUCGAUGUCCUGCAGAUUUUUCUUUUCUUUUCGUAAUUUUGUAUUAAAAUUGUUCCUUUG